AUGAGGAAGCUCUUCAGUUUAGGGAGACGCCUGGGCCAGGCGCUCCUGAGCUCCAUGGACCAAGAGUAUGCGGGUUGGGGGUACCACAUUCGGGACUGGGAACUGCGGAAGAUCCACAGGGCGGCCAUCAAGGGUGACGCCGCAAAGGUGAAGCGCUGCCUGACGCGCAGGUUCCGGGACUUGGACGCCCGCGACAGAAAAGACAGGACUGUUCUACAUUUCGCCUGUGCCCAUGGCCGUGUGUAAGUGGUCACUCUCUUGCUGGACAGAAGAUGCCAGAUCGACAUCUGUGAUAGACUAAACAGGACACCUUUAAUGAAGGCUGUACACUGCCAGGAAGAGGCUUGUGCCAUUAUUCUCCUGGAACGUGGCGCCAAUCCAAACAUUAAGGAUAUCUACGGCAACACUGCUCUCCAUUAUGCUGUGUAUAAUGAGGGGACUUCACUGGCAGAAAAACUGCUUUCCCACCAUGCAAAUAUUGAAGCACUAAACAAGGAGGGAAACACUCCACUUUUGUUUGCUGUAAAUUCCAGGAGACAGCAUAUGGUGGAAUUUUUGUUGAAGAACCAGGCAAAUAUACAUGCCAUUGACAAUUUCAAAAGAACAGCCCUCAUACUUGCAGUACAGCAUAACUUGUCAAGUAUCGUCAGCCUCCUCCUUCAACAAAAUAUACACAUCUCUUCUCAAGACAUGUUUGGCCAAACUGCUGAGGAUUAUGCUGUUUGUUGUGAUUUGAGAAGCUAUGUCAUCCAACAACAAAUUUUGGAACAUAAAAAUAAGAUACUUAAAAAUCAUCUUCGAAAUGACAAUCAAGAAACAGCAGCUACGAAGCCUAACAAUUUGAAAAAAAAGAAAAGAAGGUGCAAAAGUGAACAUGACUUAAAAGUGGCUUCAGAGGAAAAGCAAGAAAGGCUUGAAAGAAGUGAAAAUAAACAGCCACAGGGUUCUCACAGUUAUGGAAAAAAGAAGGAUGUGAUGUAUGGAAAUUAUAUGUUGAAGACAGACAUUGCCAUGCCCAAACAGGAAUUAUAUGCAAUAAAAAAUGACAGUCUCAGAAAGGAAAAGAAAUAUAUUCAGGAAAUUAAAAGUAUUACAAAAAUAAAUGCUAACUUUGAAAAGAGUGUAAGACUCAAUGAAGAAAUGAUAACAAAAAAAUGGCCCAGUAUUCACAACAGCUUUAAUGAUCUAAAAGCUGAGAAUGCAAGGCUGAAUUCAAAAUCGGAGAAGGAAAAACACAACAAAGAAAGACUAGAAGCUGAAGUUGAAUCCCUCCAUUCUAGCCUGGCCACUGCUAUAAAUGAGAACAAUGAAAUUUUGGAAAGAAAAUACCUAGAACUAGUUAUAUAGAGAGCAGAUGAUGUUUCUAGACAUGAAAAAAUGGGUUCUAAUAUUUCUCAACUAACAGAUAAGAAUGAGUUGCUUACUAAACAGCUCCAUAAAGCUCGGGUAAAGUUCAGUACCUUAAAAGGUAAGCUCCGUGAGACAAGAGGUGCUCUCAGGGAAAAGACAUUGGCUUUAGAAAGUGCACUGGACCUAUAGCUAGUGCAGCAUCGAAUAAAGGAAAUGAAGCAGAUGCAUCCAAAUGGGGAAGCUAAAGAGAGUCAAUCCAUUGGAAAGCAGAACUCUUCAGAGGAGAGAAUACAUCAACAAGAACUUGAAAAUCUCUUGCUUGAACGACGACAACUACAGGAUGCUCGUAAGGAAGGCAGUAAUAAAGAGAUAGUCAUUAAUAUCCACAGAGACUGUCUUGAGAAUGGAAAGGAAAACCUUCUUCCAGAAGAAAAAAAUAAAGAAUUAAUGAAUGAAUAUAAUUGUUUAAAAGAAAAACUGCUUCAGUAUGAAAAAGAAGAAGCAGAAGAAGAAGUUAUUGUGAGACAACUUCAAGAAGAACUGGCCGAUCGGCUUAAAAAUUUUUCAAUGUCAGAGUCUCCACUGGAAGGUACAUCACAUGGUCAUAUGAAUUUGGAUGAGACACGGACUUCAAAGAAGAAAUUACUUCAAGUAGAAAUUCAAAUAUGUAUGGAAUUUAAUAUGUAGACACCUGAAGAAAAACAUGAAGAAUUCAGAAAACUUUUUGAAUUAAUAUCAUCACUGGAAUAUAAUGUGGAUCAAAUAAGAUAGAAAAAUCAUGAAUUAGAAGAGGCAACUGGAUAUAAGAAAUGCCUAGAAAUGACAAUAAAUAUGUUAAAUGCAUUUGGAAAUGAAGACUUCAGUUACCAUGGAGACUUAAAUACAGACCAACUGAAAAUGGAUAUUCUGUUUAAGAAGCUAAAACAGAAGUUUGAUGAUCUUGUGGCCGAGAAGGAGGCUAUAUCUUCAAAAUGUGUCAAUUUGGCCAAAGACAAUGAAGUUCUUCAUCAGGAGUUAUUAUCUGUAAGAAAAGUACAAGAGAAAUGUGAAAAACUUGAGAAGGAUAAAAAGAUGUUGGAAGAAGUAUUAAAUCUUAAGACACAUAUGGAAAAAGAUAUGGUAGAACUUGGUAAAGUACAAGAAUAUAAAUCAGAGCUGGAUGAAAGGGCAAUGCAGGCAAUAGAAAAAUUAGAAGAAAUCCAUUUACAGGAAAAAGCAGAAUAUGACAAACAGUUAGAGCAGUUAAACAACGAUAAUAUGGCUUCACUAAAAAAGAAGGAACUCACACUUAAAGAUGUGGAAUAUAAAUUCUCCAAAAUGAAAACUGCUUAUGAAGAGGUUACAACUGAAUUAGAAGAAUAUAAGGAAGCCUUUGCAGUGACAGUGCAUAAGGAAGCCUGGUGGUGA